AACGGUGUCUAUCUCGGAUGGAUAUGUCUCAGCAUCCCUACAAAGUAGUUCCGUGGAGUAAGAGAGUAGAGAUCACCUUGAGCUGCUGCUUGUCAGUGUACUGACUCUUACAUCAGUGAGCGGUUUCCUGCGACAAGGACCUCUCCAGAUCACAUAAUAAUUGCCAUGCCUCAGCUAAAGUGUACCGACAUGGGUUCCGCCUUCAUCCAAACGCAGCAGCUCAACGCCGCCAUGGCUGACACCUUCCUGGAACACAUGUGCCUGCUGGACAUCGACUCGGAACCGACCACUGCUCGCAAUACCGGCAUCAUCUGCACCAUUGGGCCAGCCUCUCGCUCUGUGGACAUUCUGCAGGAGAUGAUCAAGUCUGGAAUGAACAUUGCCCGCUUGAACUUCUCACACGGCACACACGAGUACCAUGCUGAAACCAUCAAGAAUGUGCGUGAGGCAUGUGAGAGCUUUGAGCCAGGAAGCAUCCAGUACAGGCCAAUCGGUAUCGCCCUGGACACUAAAGGCCCAGAGAUCAGGACCGGCCUCAUCAAGGGAAGCGGCACAGCUGAGGUGGAACUAAAGAAGGGCAACAUGAUCAAGAUCACCUUGGAUGACUCCUACCAGGACAACUGCAGUGACGAGAUCCUCUGGCUGGACUACAAGAACAUCACCAAAGUCGUAGAACCCGGCAGCAAGAUCUACAUUGACGACGGACUCAUAUCCCUGCAGGUUAAGGAGAUUGGCUCUGAUUUCCUCUCGUGUGAGAUCGAGAAUGGCGGGACCCUGGGCAGUAAGAAAGGUGUCAACCUCCCCGGCGCCGCUGUAGACCUGCCCGCCGUCUCUGAAAAAGACAUCCAGGAUCUGACAUUCGGUGUGGAGCAGGGUGUCGACAUGGUUUUCGCCUCCUUCAUCCGCAAAGCCGCAGACGUCCAUGCCGUUCGGGCUGUGCUGGGUGAGAAGGGCAAGGACAUCAAGAUCAUCAGCAAGCUGGAGAACCAUGAGGGCGUACGCAGGUUUGACGAGAUCAUGGAGGCCAGCGAUGGCAUCAUGGUUGCCCGUGGCGACCUUGGUAUCGAAAUCCCCACAGAAAAAGUCUUCCUUGCUCAGAAGAUGAUGAUUGGCCGCUGCAACAGAGCCGGCAAGCCAAUCACAUGCGCCACUCAGAUGUUGGAGAGCAUGAUCAAGAAACCGAGGCCCACCCGCGCCGAGGGCAGCGACGUCGCCAAUGCCGUGCUGGACGGGGCCGACUGCAUCAUGCUGAGCGGUGAGACCGCUAAGGGAGACUACCCUCUGGAAGCUGUGCGCACACAACACAUGAUUGCUCGCGAAGCAGAGGCGGCCAUGUUCCAUCGUCAGGUGUUUGAGGACCUGCGUCGCUCCACGCCGUACUGCAAAGACCCUGCAGAGGCCAUUGCAAUCGGCGCCGUUGAGGCCUCCUUUAAGAGCUUGGCCUCUGCGAUCAUUGUGCUCACGGGCUCCGGAAGGUCCGCCCACCUGCUCUCCAGAUACAGGCCACGUGCACCCAUCCUGGCCGUGACCCGUAACGCUCAAACGGCCCGCCAGGCUCACCUGUACCGCGGGAUCUUCCCGGUCCUCUACACCAAACCCGCUCACGACGUGUGGGCCGAGGAUGUGGACAUGCGUGUCAACUUUGCCAUGGAUAUGGGCAAGGUCAGAGGAUUCUUCAAGGAGGGCGACGUCGUCAUCGUCCUGACAGGUUGGCGUCCAGGGUCCGGUUACACCAACACAAUGCGCGUUGUUCUGGUGGCCUGAGUUGCCUGAACAGGGUCCCCUUCAUCUUCACCUGCCCUCUAUAGCACUCAACACUCCCAUCAUUCAUUCAUUCAUUCAUUCACUCCUCUGGCGAUACUUGGUGAGUUCCUAUUUAAUAAUAAUAUCAGAUGGAGACCAGGCAGCCUGUUUGUAAGAACCAGGCGGGUUUGUAGGCUGGUCUGUGCAAAUCCACUUCCUGCGUCCAUUCAUUUCACAAAUUGAAACCAGGCUACGGUGCCUCAGAUUGACACAACGUCGACCAAGAAACUGCUGUAUGUAUUCACACUUAGGACUCUUGUAUUCAAUGCGGUCCAACUUAGUGGCGGACUCUGGCGCAUGCGCAUCGCGGCUCUUGUUUAGGUGAUGUGAUUUUUUUUUUUUUUUCCCUAAA